AUGGAGUACAAUGACGAGCUAUGGGGAAGGCAUCGACGAGCCGUUCACGCGAUAUGUGAGAGUAUGAGGCAGGCUACUCGGGAUCAACCCCUAUUCUCCGCCCACUACGACACCGUUAAUGCGGGGCCCAAGACGCACGCGGCCUCGUACACCAAAAUAUGCGCUGAGCUUGGUCACAGUGUGCAAAAGGUCACUUUCCUGACUGAUAAUGUAAAAGAGGCCGAAGCUGCCAUGCAAGCAGGUGUCUACACUGUUGUCGUUGAUCGCCCGGGUAAUGCGCCGCUGGAUGAUGAAGCGAGGGGUAAAUAUCCCGUCAUCGAGAAGUUGACUGAUCUACCAUGAUGGCAAUUGGUGCGUUAGUCACUCGUAUCGGAAUGAUAGACAGUCAGAUGACGAGGGUUUGGAGAUUGUGAGGUUCGGAUCGUCGAUUGAGUAUCAUGGGAGAUUUGGGGUAAAACAAUAUGAUUUCCCCUCCCUUUCUCCAUCUGCAUCUAUAGUACAAACUACGAGAACAUGACUAUGAGACCAUCGUAUGCGCAAGAUAAACAA